GCUGCACUUGAAACUGUACGAGACAUAACGUAGCUUCACGUCUCAUUAGAGACAUGGGUGGUUCUACCCUUGAUGACCCCUUGUCUGAGCGGUAUAACAAAUUGGGCUGCUCAAUUUCUCCACUGGAUAAGGAAUCUGAUGACUACAAGAUGAUCUUGAAGUACAUGGAGAAGACCUACGAACCUGUCAAAGUUGGAGAUGUUGAAUAUGGGGUCUCUGUCGAUAACAUAUUUGUCAUCGAGUCAAGUGCUAGCCCAUCUCUGGACGAAAUAAAGAAGUUGCCGAACAAAGUCCUCUUAUGGUGUGAACACGGAGCUCAAAUAUGUUUAGGCACUUGCAUAAGGGUUUCUUGCCUGCAAUAUGCUCUCUCCGUGUUCCAGGCUAUAUGGUAUUGUAGUUACAAGUCCUAUGUCGGCAUGAUUUAAUGUGCUUGAUGUUCU